AUGCCUCGCUUCGUCCAGGUAUUUCAAGACACCUGCCCGACAUUGACGUUCUCUUCUGGCUGGCAGGGAGGGUCUUCAGAGACUGACGCUUCGUUGGACCGGUAUUCCCAAGGCACCUAUACCUUUACAAAACAAGCGGAUGAAACAAUGACAAUGGCUUUCAACGGCACCUAUGUUGGUAUCUACGGCGCCAAACGCCCUGAUCAUGGGUUAUACCAAGUCGAGCUAGAUGGAAAGCUCUUUCCAACGUUCGAUGCAUACUCUGAUACUCCUUUGUUCAACCAAACACUCUUCAACGCAACCUCGUUGGAUUAUGGCCUACACACCAUCAAGUUGAUUAAUUCUGGGAGCACUACCCUAGAUGUUGAUUAUGUUGCUUUCCAAGGCAUCACUGGGAAAUCCGAAGAAGCGCUGAUUCCUGCCACUUGGCAAGAUAAUGAAUUCACCUUCUCUUACUUCCCUCCUUCCUCUUGGAGACAAUCGGCGCGUCCUGGCACUCUGUCUGCAAGUACGGGAACCAUCACGAAUGAUCCCAAGGCCACGGCAGAAUUCAAGUUCAAGGGUAAUUUCUUGCUAGCAUCAACAGAUGAAGCACCUCAAGUUCUGACUGUGGUUGACAGCUGA